AUGCCACCCCCUAGGACAAGAGCGGAGGUUCAAGCCCAGAAACAAAAGGAAAAGAGAAAAGGCUCCUUCGGCAAGGUCUACCUUGCCUCUCAUAAGUUGACCAAUGGUUCUAAGGUCGUACUCAAGUCUUCGAGUAAGGAGGAUAGGAACCUGGCGCGCGAGAUCCAUCACCAUCGUCAGUUUCUUCACCCCCAUAUCGCUCGCCUCUACGAAGUUAUUGUGACAGAAAAUCUGGUUUGGCUAGUGCUGGAAUAUUGUCCAGGUGAUGAGCUGUACAAUCAUCUCCUUCAACAUGGCCCACUUCCCGUUGAGAAAGUCAAAAAGAUAUUCACACAAUUAGUUGGGGCUGUGGCAUAUGUUCACAGCAAGUCCUGUGUACACCGCGAUCUCAAAUUAGAGAAUAUCCUGCUUGACAAGCACGAAAAUGUCAAGCUUUGUGACUUCGGUUUCACAAGAGAAUAUGAGGGAAAGGCAAGCUAUCUGCAGACAUUUUGUGGCACAAUAUGCUAUAGUGCUCCCGAAAUGCUAAAGGGGGAGAAAUAUGCCGGCGAGAAAGUGGAUGUUUGGAGCUUAGGAAUCAUAUUAUACGCUUUACUUGCGGGCGAACUUCCGUUCGACGACGAUGAUGAUCAAGUCACCAAAGCUCGCAUCCUCAACGAUGAGCCGGCGUACAAUGAAAGAUUUCCCGAGGAUGCCAAAGCUCUCAUCAAUCUGCUCUUGUCAAAGCGACCUUUGAUUAGGCCGGUCUUGGGUGAAAUUCUCGGACAUCCAUUUCUCGCCGAGUUUGCUUCGGAACAGCUAGCGAUUCUGAAGAUCCCACGUCCGGCGCCAUUUUCAACCCCGCUCGAGAAGACAACAUUGCAGCGCAUGAAGAGUGCGGGUUUGAACAUCGAUGAUGUUGUGGAAAGCGUCCUCUCUCAACGAUGUGACCCACUCGCCGGCUGGUGGGCAUUGCUGAUAGAAAAAGAGCAACGCAAAGAACGAAAGAGAGAGCGUAAACGCCGAGAACGUGAGGCUGAGGCCAAAAACAUUCGCCGGCUCAGCGCAGCGAGCAGUCGGUUGGAAAAGAUUUCCGCAGCCUUAGUUGAAGUGGAUGAGGAGGGGCACGCAUCAUCUGAUGGCCCUCUCCAUGAACGUGGACGUAGGAACAGGCGGAGCUUACCAUCCCAGCUCACUGUACCAGAACUACCCAUGCUUCCUGAGCCAGCUCCCGUGCAGUCUCCAGAUUCUAGCGUGCCCCCUCCGCCCAUUGACAAGGACUCUGUUCGCUCCGCUAGUUCCACUCGACCUCGUCCCGUACCGCCUCCCAAAGAUCAAGCCCGGCGGCCGAGCACCUUGCACGCCAGCGCUUCGCAACCGGAACUGGCGCAACACAACGGCCUUUUCAGAAGGCGUACUGGUCGCCGUCAGUAUCCGAUUAUAAGUCAGCUGGCCUCUCUCAAGCACUGGUUUGUGGAGUCUGCAAAGAGGGCCAAGUCACCGCACGCAAAGGCUACGAGUGCCCAAGGUGGGCAUCGCAAGUUCCUUUCGGAAAGAUUAAGCCCAGGAAAAGGACAAGAGGCUGGAAAGAAACCGACAUCGCCAUCUGCCGCCAUUGGACACCAAGGUGACUUAUCGACACCGACCCAGAUGAAACGCUCAUCGAAUGCUAGCAGCUUGGCUCCAAGCAGUGCCUCCUAUCCGAACCACCGUCACUCAUUUCCUCGGCAACCUCGACCACUUAGUACAGGUCAAACACAUCGAAAUUCCCUGUCGCCCUCCCCAAUAACUCCAAGGGGCUCUUAUCGACGGUCGUCUGCAGGCUUGCGUGGGCGCAAGUCGACAUCCUCGUCUGUCUCGUCUAUCCGCAGCAUUCACCAUACCCAUACCCACUCUAAGGCCUCAUCCGUAUCCUCAAAUAGCAUUGGUUCGACUUCGACACCGACCGCUCGAAUCACCAAAUCACCACAUUCUUCUGUGAAAGUCUUGCCCACGACACCAAGCGCCUCUGCUCGUUUCCCAAGCAAUAUUCGCUUGGUCCGAGGUACGCAUACUGGAAUUCGGGACAUCGACGAUCACAAUGGGAGACUCCAAUCAGUGUUCAACGAGGCAGCCCCGACCCCGCUACUUUAUUCUCCUUCUUCAAGCCUUGUAUUUGCCCGCCGCAAACGAUCCGCAUUCAAGGGCCCUAUGAUUCAUACUGCAAACUUGAUGGUAUCUGGUGGCGUGCCUGCUUCGCAAUAUUCUCAAGUGGAUUAUGGUACUGAGGGUUCUGUUGCUGCGAAUGCUGUUCGGCCUGCAGCACGGAAGAGUCAAAUUAUCGAAGAAGAAGAAGAUCUAGAAGAAUACAUCGAGGAGGUGGAUACCUUCAGCGGCCUAGAGGAUGGUCCAGGAUCACCAGUUGAUCUGGUAAAACCGGACGAUUACCUUGGACUUGAGCAUAUGGACGGAUCGCCUCCUGAGCCAACUCGCAAACUCGCUCUAGCCCCUGCCCCGGACUUUGAUCCUAGUCCUCGCCCGCCCCGCUCGUCUUCAUUGUCAACGCCGCCGUUCUCAACGGUUGCCGAAUAG